AUGAGCUCAAGCGUUCCCCCUUGGCGCGCAACCGCGUCUGCGCCGUCAUCGACGCCUGUCGCCUACCAAGCUCCCGCAACUCCCGCAUACAUUCCAGUCCAAGCACGUCGUAGCCUCACUUCUAACCAGAGUUCAUCAAUUUCGUCCGCUGGAACCACUACCACACAUCCAACCACGACUCCUGCCGCGGAACCGGCUCGGCCGCGAAUCGAAUUCUCCCAGGCGGUGCGCAACUACGUGCAACGCUGCUUUGAUGCCAAGAACCAGAUCCCCAGUGUCAGUCACGCCGAAAUUCAAGAGAAGCUGCGACAGGUCAUCACAGAGGCCGCUGAUCGCAAUAAGCUUCACAUCAUCGACUGGGAUCGCACGGCCCUACCCCAGCACAUGAUUCAAAAUGAACGUAAUAGAGUCCUGGCCAAUCCGGCUGUUUCGACUUGGGCUAAAGCAAGUCCACUCACUUCUCCCGUCGACCCCAAUCGGAAGAGAAAGUCGACCGACUUUGGUCAACAGCAACGAGGAGACGAUUCGCCACCAUGGAAAAAAGCUAACAAUCGCAACCGACUCGAAGACCGCACUACUCACCCGUCCACAGAUAAAAAGUCACGGAUGACACUGGAUGAUUCUAGUAAGUCAAAAGCUAAUUUGGAGAUGAGGCGCAGACGUUUUGAGGGCGCCGGCGUCAAUUAUGGCACUUCCGGUACUUCGUCCCCAGUGGAUCCGCCCAUUGCGCGCAGUACGGUACAAGAUCAGGGACCUGUGGUUGGACGCUGCCAGACUUUGGAGAAGAACUACUUCCGCCUGACCUCUGCGCCCAACCCUGACACCGUUCGGCCGUUGCCAGUGCUCCAGCAAACCCUGGACCUGUUGAAGAAGAAGUGGAAACGAGAGGCCAACUACACCUACAUCUGCGAUCAGUUCAAGUCCCUUCGCCAAGAUUUGACGGUGCAGCACAUCCGUAACGAGUUCACUGUCCAUGUGUACGAGAUCCACGCCCGCAUAGCCUUAGAGAAAGGGGAUCUUGGUGAGUACAAUCAGUGUCAAACUCAGCUUCGAGUUUUGUACGAACAGAAGCUCGGUGGGCAUCCAACCGAGUUUAAGGCCUAUCGUAUUCUUUAUUUCAUUUACACUCGGAACUGGACCGCCAUGAACGAUGCGCUAGCCGAUGUUAGUGCAGAAGACAAGAAGUCGAGUGCUGUGAAGCAUGCACUUGAGGUUCGCUCCACCCUUGCUCUCGGAAACUAUCACCGUUUCUUCCAGCUUUACCUGGAUACGCCGAACAUGGGCGCCUACCUCAUGGACAUGUUCGUUGGACGGGAGCGAUUGACUGCUCUAUCGUCAAUGUGUAGAGCGUACAAACCGGAUGUCAAGCUCCGAUUCAUCACAGAAGAGCUUGGCUUCGAGUCGGACGAGCAAGCCGCUCGCUUCAUUCUCGACCACGCGUCGGCGGAGGCUCUGCAAGAGAUAGAGGGGACUGUGAGGCUCUUGACCAGCAAAGCUGGUCCUCUGUUCGAGACGGCUAAAGCCGAGGCCCAUCGGGUCGUUGAUAUCAAGGGUCAAAUCUAG